AACUAACCAACCUUCAUGUGGCAGAGAAGCCCGGCACAGUUUGACAGCUUUAGCUCUGCAAAGAUGAAGCCUCCAUUCUACCCUCUUCUUCUUUCCGCCAUCAUGACUGUGUGUGUUGGGAGCCAAGGCCUUUCUGAGCAGCUAGGUAAAGAAAACAUGAGCAUGUCCUUCCUGCCUGCUAACUUCCACAAAGAAAACACAGUCACCAAUGACUGGAUUCCAGAGGGGGAGGAGGAGGAGGACUACCUGGACCUGGAGAAGCUACUCAGUGAAGACGACGACUACAUUUACAUCAUUGAUGCAGUUUCCCCGACAGACGCAGAAUCAAGUGAUGGGAAUAUCCUGCAGCUUUUCCAAGGCAAGAGUCGGAUCCAGCGUCUUAAUAUCCUCAAUGCAAAGUUUGCCUUCAACCUUUACCGAGUCCUGAAGGACCAGGCUACCACUUCUGAUAACAUCUUCAUUGCACCUGUUGGCAUUUCUACUGCUAUGGGGAUGCUUUCCUUAGGCUUGAGGGGAGAGACCCAUGAGGAAGUACACUCAGUUCUACACUUUAAAGACUUUGUCAAUGCUAGCAGCAAGUAUGAGAUUGCUACCAUUCACAAUCUCUUUCGGAAGCUGACCCAUCGCCUGUUCAGGAGGAACUUUGGGUACACGCUCCAGUCAGUUAAUGACCUUUAUAUUCAGAAGCAGUUUCCCAUCCAGGAGGACUUCAAAGCUGGUAUGAGAGAGUUUUACUUUGCCGAGGCCCAGGUGGCUGACUUCUCAGAUCCUGCCUUCAUAUCAAAGGCAAACAACCACAUUUUGAAGCUCACCAAGGGCCUCAUAAAAGAAGCUCUGGAGAAUAUAGAUUCUGCUACUCAGAUGAUGAUUCUGAACUGCAUCUACUUCAAAGGAACUUGGGUGAAUAAAUUCCCAGUGGAAAUGACACACAACCACAACUUCCGGCUCAAUGAGCGAGAGGUAGUUAAAGUCUCCAUGAUGCAGACUAAAGGGAACUUCCUUGCGGCAAAUGACCAGGAGCUGGACUGUGACAUUCUCCAGUUGGAGUAUGUAGGGGAUGUCAGCAUGCUAAUUGUUAUCCCACGCAAGCUCUCAGGAAUGAAGACUCUUGAAGCGCAGCUGACGCCCCAGGUAGUAGAGAGAUGGCAAAAAAGCAUGACAAACAGAACUCGAGAGGUACUUCUGCCCAAGUUUAAGCUUGAGAAGAACUACAACCUGGUGGAGGUGCUUAAGUCCAUGGGAAUCACAAAGCUGUUUAGCAAGAAUGGCAACAUGUCAGGCAUCUCAGACCAGAGGAUCACCAUUGAUCUGUUUAAGCACCAAAGUACCAUCACGGUGAACGAAGAGGGCACGCAAGCUGCAGCUGUAACCACGGUGGGGUUCAUGCCGCUGUCUACCCAAGUCCGGUUCACUGUUGACCGUCCUUUCCUGUUUUUAGUAUAUGAGCACCGAACCAGCUGCCUGCUCUUCAUGGGGAGAGUGGCCAACCCCACCAGGUCUUAACGGUGGUGGUCUGGGCACCUGAUGUAGUUUGGUCUAACAAAGAGGACAGAGAUAUUUUGAUAUGAUAACUUAUGUGGUUUAUGAUAAUAUCUGAACUUAAGGCCCACAUAGGAGAAGAAAGUUACCAGGGACUAAGAAGCUGACACAGCAAACAACACUACAAGAUCACAGAAAUUAAUGUGCUAACUCUAGGGCCAGCUGUUCCCCAGAGGUCUUAGCAACAUAUGUACUGCCUCAGCCCCCACUCCUGGCCCCUAUGAGCAAACUGCCAGGGUGUAUGUAAUACUUUCUCUGCAGGUAGCUUCAUCAAUGUUAUCAUUCAAGGUUAAAAAGAGAAAACUCAACCAGCCCCCAUCUAAAUGCUAUUCAGGAGGUUUCACCCCUUCCAGGGAGGAUGCCCAAGCAGUACAACUCCUGCCCAGUGGAAAAAUAACCUCAACACACCUGAGAUGCUGAGACUUAAUUCAAGGCCCAACCUCCUAAAUUCAUGUGACCAUCUCCUCUCCCGCUGCCUCAUGGUUACCUAGGUGUGUACACAAGGUUACAGAUUCAUUCUAGAGAUAAAUAAACAGCUAUAUUUACUGUG